AUGUCUAAAGUAUUUAGAACUAGUAAUGGUACUCCUAAUCCUCAUGCUACUAUUAAUCACGGUUAUAGUAAUUCUGAAAAGAAUAACCAUACUGCUAGACCUCCAACUUUUGGUAGAGACUCUAUAGAGUUUGAAUGGUGGAAAAGCAAGAUGUGCCUAGUAAAUCAAGGGUGCAUCCCAAACCUUUUGGGGUAUAAGGACUUCUACCUUUGGAAUCCAUCCACCGGUGCCCACAAACAAAUACCCGCCUCUCCGGGAACCAUUGCAUAUUGUGAUAAUGUUUUCAUGUUAAUGUAUGGCUUUGGAUACGAACCGUCAGGGGGUGAUUACUUUGUAGUUUUGGGGUCAUAUGAAUACAAUGGUUCUACUUCCAUUGACUUGGAGAUUUUCUCCUUGAGGGAUAAUAAAUGGAAACAAAUUGGGGGUUAUUAUCUUUUUCCUUAUAUUUCAAGCGGAUAUGGUUUCAAAUCAGGAUUACUCUUAAAUGGGGCUCUUCAUUGGCCGGUUUAUAGUCCUUAUAUCUCUAACCAUGUUAUUAUUGCCUUUGAUUUAAAGGAAAUGACAAUCUCAGAGAUUGCUCUACCUGAUGAUUUAUCUUGUUAUUAUUGUCCUGAAGAAUCUAGUUUAUUGAUAUUUUAUGGAGUUAUCAGUGCAUGGAAUGUCGAGAUGGAUAAAAUUGAGAUAUGGGUGUAUCGCACCUCGAAAAAUGAGAACAUAACGCGCACAUGA